UUUCAAACAAAAAAUAACUUUCCAAAAUGCGUUCAGCUCUACUUUGCCUUCUGAUUUCUGCAGUUGCAAUUUCUGCAGACCUUCAGUCUGAUAUUGAAGAUGUCGCCUCUCAUUUCCCAGUAAAAGAAAUUGAAUCAAUUGGCAAGCAGUACGUUGCAGCUUAUUCAAGCUAUGCUGAUGGACUUCGCUAUGUACAAAAAGUCACCUAUGAAAAACUAAUCAAGGACUUUUUGGAAACCAAGGAAGGACGAGAUUUGAUUGAAUAUUUUAAUGAUCGUGAAAUUGACGCAAAGACUAUUAUCCUUUUCAUGGGCAAGAAGACAACCGAAAUGGUUGAUAAAUGGUUAGAACCUAUCAAGGAUGGCGAGGAGUUGAAUCCAAUUAUUAGUGGAAACAUUAUGGCUGAUUACACAAAAGCUGUUCUGGCAUCAGACUAUCUUGAUGCUGUUUAUGAGAAAAUGCAAAGCAGUUCUGAAUUAGCCAACCUUGUAGCUGCUUUGAAAGAUCCAGAAUUUCAAGCUCGUUUUUAUAGCAGCGCAAAUUCUAAAGGCCUUAAGGCUUUUGGAAAAAAUCCUGCAGUGCGAGGAGCGAUUGUUAAUUUCUUUAAGUAAAAUAUAUUUUGUUUUUGUAAAGAAAUAAAAUAA